AUGGACGCCGCCUUCCGGGAGGCCGCCCUCAAGGGCCCGCUCUGGGAGCAAGUCUCCAGGCGGCUGGCGGAGAUGGGGCACACGAGGAGCGCCAAGAAGUGCCGCGAGAAAUUCGAGAACACGCCGCCACCUGCGGCGCAGCGCGUCGAGCACGGGGCCAAGAACGUGAUCAUCAACGGCAACGGCCAUGGGAACGGUGCGGCCAUGCAAGUGAAGGCCAGCAAUGGCGCUGGUGCUGCGGCGAUGUUCCCCUCCCCCGUCCAUGCCGCCGGCAACGGAGGCAACAACGGCACGGCGACGAACAAAGUGGAAUCCAAGCCUGAAGGCAUUGCGAAGGAGACGGCGCCGGUGCAGCCGGCCGUGGCCAUGAACCACAGCUACGGGCGCAACGACAGGAGGGACGUGUACGACCUGGACAGCGACAGCAUGGAGGAGGACGAGGAGGACGACUUCGACGACGACGACGAGGAGGAAGACCAAGACGGCGUCCCCGGCGGCUGCAACAUUAACAUGCCGCCGGCGCAGUACGACGCCCACUUCCUCCAAAGGCAGCAUCAGCAACAACAACAGCAGAACCACAACCACGGCAACAACCACAACGUCGUCCGGCCCAACGCGGUGAACGGCAGCGGCAACCCGCCGGCGGGCAACGCCACACCUUCAUCUGCCCCGGCGACAAGCGGGACGCCAUUCCUGGGCAUGGUCCAGUGA